AUGGCAGCACUCCCUACAUCUUAUGAUGUCGUCUGGGGAAAACCGGGCGUCAAUGGAUCAGCCGAUUCAAUGCCUCUCGGUGGUGGUGAUAUUGGUCUGAACACAUGGUAUGAGAAUGGCACCAUCCUUAUGUACGUCGCCAAAAGCGGCACCUUUGACGAGAAUAACUCGCUUCUGAAACUCGGUCGCGUCAGACUAUCCUUUGACCCCAACCCUUUUGAUAGCGACUUUGAGCAAAGGCUUGUCUUGAACGACGGCUAUGUCAAGUACGCCGGCAAAGACAACGCCACAGCUAAACUCUGGGUCGAUGUAUUCAACCCUGUCGUGCACAUAGAAGUCGACAGCCCCGAGAAGAUUUCCGUCAAUGUCGCUUAUGAGAACUGGCGGUACGAGAACCGACCCAUUGUCAAUGAAGAGCGCAACCAGGGUUCCUGGGGCAUAUACACCUCCAAGAUUGCCAAUGGGACUACGUACGCGGAUAAAAUCAACUUCCAUGAGAACGGCGUGCUGAUGAGCCACCGUAACGAGAAGCUUGACCUAUGGAACUUUCAACUUAAGCAGCAGGGACUUGAGAAAUAUAGUGAUGAGAUGUACAAUCCGAUGCGCAACAACGAGUUUGGUAUUUUUGUUCACUCUGAGCAGCUCAAGCCUGGUGCUGUUACUGAUGGCCACUACGUCAAUACUACUUACAAGGCCUGGAAUCUUGAAACCAAGGCCCCUGGUAAAUCGUUCAGGGUCUCACUGUCCAUGUACCAGGCCCAGACCAAGGAUCAUGACGAGUGGUACAAGGGCCUCAAGAAGGUCAUCAAGUCAGCAAUCAAGCAUACUCAAGACGCCACUCUUACAUGGUGGCACGAAUAUUGGGCUCGAUCUUACAUCAUCAUAAACGAAGACAAGGGCGAAAAGGAUGUAGGAUUUCAGGUAGGAAAGAACUAUCAGAUAUGGCGCUUCCUCAUGGGCUGCAACGCUAAAGGCGCAUGGCCGACCAAAUUCAAUGGUGGUCUCUGGACUUUUGAUCCUGUCUUUGUCAACCCUUACCGACCUUACACACCCGAUUAUCGACGAUGGGGUGGAGGCACAUUCACUGCGCAGAACCAGCGUCUCUUAUACUGGCCCCUCUUGAGGUCUGGUGACUUUGAGACUUUGACGCAGCAGUUUGACUUUUAUAAGCGCAUCACGCCGAACGCGGUUCUAAGAGGAAAGGUAUAUCAGAAUAUCGAUGCAGCGUAUUUCCUGGAGCAGAUCGACAACACGGGUUUGUCCAAUGUCUUUGAGUAUAAUGCCCAGUGGUAUGAUGAUGAUGCCAACACACCUCGUCCUGACUUUUUUCCUGAUGGAGAGUUGUGGAAUGUUUGGUUAAAUCAUAUGCAGGAUACUGCCAAUGAGUUCGCCGACAUGAUCUUACAAGCCAACAUUUACUCAGGUUACGACGUCAAGCCUUAUCUCGAAUUCAUCGAGUACCAGCUCGCCUGGUUCGACAAGUACUACACUCGCGAAAUGCUCAAACGCAACCCUUGGCCAUUAACCGGCAUUGCUGGCAACGAGUCCCUUGUUAUCUAUCCUGGUUCAGCUGCUGAGACAUACAAAGAGGCAUACAAUCCUGUUUCUACCCUGGCUGGUCUACGCCAAGUCAUCAAAGAUCUCAUCAUCGUAGACGAGUUCACCCUUCAGAACAAGACGUACUACCAAAGAUACCUGGACAAGAUCCCGGGCAACACACUCCGCCAACAACAGGGACAUACCUGCAUUGCUCCCGCGGAAGCCUACACACGUGUUCAGAACAGUGAAGUACCCCAGUUGUACACCGUCUUCCCCUGGCCUGAAUACGGUCUUGGUCUUCCGAACCUCACACAUGCCAUCAACACAUAUCUGUACGACACAGAAACAGUCAUCUAUCACGGUAACAAUGGCUGGAAGCAAGAUGUCAUCUGGCUCGCACGUAUGGGCUUCACUGCCAACGCGACAGCCAUGACAGAAGAGCGAUACGCACCGAGCAAGGUGUGCAAGUUUCCUGUUUUCAAGGGUCCCAAUUUUGACUGGACACCUGAUCUGAACCACUAUGGGGCUGCAGCUAUUGGACUACAGGAACAACUUAUCCAGACUUUUGCAGGUGAUGAUAUCAGACUGCUUGCUGCGUGGCCUGAUAGUUGGGAUGUUCGGUUCAAAGUUUGGGCGCCUCAUAAUACUACAGUUGAGGGUGUUGUAAAGAAGGGAGACAUGAAAAAGCUUGUUGUUUUGCCAGAGUCUCGCAAAAAGGAUGUCAUCAUUGGGCAAGACUAG